UUCAGAGAGCUGGAGGAAGUGGGAAAACUCAGUUGGUCCUUUAAGAAAGUUGUGGGCUUGGAUCAGGGGACCGUUCCGAUCGUAUUCUCUUUUUUCCUCCCCGUUACCUCCUAAUUUGGGAUUUGUUUGGGAGUUGGAGAGCACAGAGUCUGUGAGAGUUUCGCCUUGCUGGGAAGGGUUGCUUUGAUCCCGCAGAGUCAGCUUCAGAAUGUCUGAUUCCAAUGUCAAUGCGCAUUUGGAGGGAAUUAUGAAGGACUUUGAAGCGCUUAAGAGGUCAUUUGAAGUGGAGGAGGAUGCAUCCACAAACCCAUCCCCUAUUUCCCGAAGAACAACCAAUCCUCUGCGCUCUUCCACCUCUUCUACAAGCAGCCGUUUCCACGACAUGAGAUCGCUUAACUCCGAGUCCUCUUCCAGGCACGCUUCAGAUUCCUCCAACCAGCGCUCUCCAAAAUCCAGCUUGAGACGCGUGGAGUUAUUGGGGGGCCGCGUCCCAGAGACUGUGUCACGCAGGACAGAGAUCUCCAUCGACAUCUCCUCCAAGCAGGUGGACAGCUCUCCCAGUCCAGGUAUUGCCCGCUUUGGCUUAAAGAGACCUGAGGUCUCGCUCCACAGUAAAGCCACAGAUGGGCCUGUUCACAGAAGGGCUGAGGGUAACCACAGCAGACCCCAGGAACCUCCAACACCCACUAGGAGAGCUGACCCAUCAAUAUCCUCGUCCCGGAACCCUGAGGUGUCCCAGAGGCGAGCAGAGCCUCCCAGCCCUCUUGAGAUCUCAGGUCCAUCUAGACGGGCGGAGAUGCACAUAAACAGACAGCUGGACACACCGUCUCCUGCAAGAGAGUCAGAGAACAGCUUCAUCUCAGCAGCCAGCAUCACUCCUACCUUCAAUGAAUAUAAAACCCCUCCAUCAGUACACGAACCCCCCGUAAGACCUCUAGAGAGGUCAGAGGUCAUUUCCAGCUACAGCAGCAGCAGCAGUAGCAGCAGCAGUAGCAUCAUGGCAGAGACAGUUAUACCAGGGAUGCACCCAGCUAUGAGCCUGGAGAAGCCCAGCGUUGAUUUCAACUAUGUGGGCAUCGAUGCCAUCCUGGAGCAGAUGAGGAGAAAGGCCAUGAAACAGGGCUUUGAGCUCAACAUCAUGGUAGUGGGUCAGAGUGGUUUGGGGAAGUCCACGCUGAUGAACACGCUCUUCAAGUCCAAGGUGAGCCGUAAGUCUUUCCCAGGCACGGCUGAGGAAAAGAUUCCCAAAACCAUCGAGAUCAAGUCCAUCAGUCAUGAUAUCGAGGAGAAAGGAGUUCGAAUGAAGCUGACGGUCAUAGACACACCUGGGUUUGGUGACCAGAUCAACAACGAAAAUUGUUGGCAGCCCAUAAUGAAGUUCAUCAAUGACCAGUAUGAGCAGUACUUGCAGGAAGAGAUCAAUAUUGACAGGAAGAAGAGGAUCCCAGACUCACGAGUGCACUGCUGCAUAUACUUCAUACCACCCACAGGACACUGUCUUAGGCCUUUGGAUGUGGAGUUCAUGAGACGUCUUAGUAAGGUGGUGAACAUUGUUCCUGUCAUCGCUAAGGCUGACACUCUGACUCUGGAGGAGAGGGACUUCUUCAAAAAGAAGAUCAGGGAAGAGCUUCGAGCCAAUGGGAUUGAUGUCUAUCCACAGAAAGAGUUUGAUGAGGAUGCGGAGGACAGAACGAUCAAUGAGAAAAUAAGAGAGAUGAUUCCUUUUGCAGUAGUGGGAAGUGACCAGGAGUAUCAGGUCAAUGGGAGAAGACUAUUGGGAAGGAAGACUAAAUGGGGAACCAUUGAAGUUGAGAAUAUUGCCCACUGUGAGUUUGCCUACCUGCGGGACCUCCUCAUAAGAACCCACAUGCAGAACAUUAAAGACAUCACCAGCAGCAUCCACUACGAGAUGUACCGUGUCCGUCGGCUCAACGAGAAUAACACCCAGGCCAACGGCCUCGGAGAGCACCAUCCAGCCUGUCGUGAAAUCUAAUGACCCCUCCAGCACUACCCCCCAUUCUCCACUCCUCUCCAAACCUCCAAUCACUUUAUGCUCUGUCCCGCCCCCUUCCAUCAGCCAUGGACUGAGGUGAAGAGGUCCAUCUAGAGAAGCACAUAAUGACUUUACCUCCCAGAAACUCCAGCACAGUGCCCUUUAAUCCUCACGGACACUGGAGGGGCGAAGAGGUCAAAGAAACAACUGUUAAAAAGCUUCUCCAUACACUGCAUGCGUUUGACUCACUCUGUUGAUGCUUCAGGUCUGUGUCUCUGUGCAGAGGUUGAUUGAGGCAGGUUCUGAUUGGUCAAGCUGUGGGAAAAGCUCUUCACAUGCGUCACUCCUCCUUUUGAUAUCGGGAUGAUUAUUUUACAAAAGAUUUCUGAGAAUUCUCCUUUUAAUGUGAUUUGUUGAAUACUCUGUUAAUAUUUAUGCUUAAUUUUGAGCAAGACAGAUAAGAGACGAGGCUAAGUCAUCUUUUGAAACCAGAGCUGAUGUGGCAGCACCAUAAAUGUCCAUUCCUUAUUAUAAAACUACAGGUUAUCUGAAGUCUUUCACUACUAAAUGAAUACUAGUUGCCUACAGCAUUAUGGAGAACCUGGUGUGCCACUGCUAUUUGUUUUAUCACAUCUGUGCAAAUAGUUACAGGAAAAUGGACUCAUUGGACCUCCACUACCAUAUUAAAACAGUAAUGAUUGGGAUUACAGCUUUGGGAUUUGUGUUGGCAAGAUUUUCCAAACUGAAUAGUAUUUAUGUUGGUUAGAUGGGAUCGUUACAUGCUUUAAACAAGCGGUCUUAUUUAUUGCAGAAUGUCACCUGAACUCUGAAAAUUGCAGUGUUCAAUAGGCUUUUAAUGAAUUGUUUAAUUGUUUUUUAUCAGGCAGUAUUCAGUGCUGUUGAUCUUAAACCUUCCAGACUGCCUCAUUCUCUUCCAUGCCUUAUAUGUGGAAAUCUUCACCAUCUUUUGUCAGUUUAGGUGUCUCGUUUUGUCUUGCCCCAGAGGAAAAAGCUGAAAGGAGAGGAAACUCAAAGUGCCAAGAUGUCUGUGUGCCUUAAAGCUGCCUGCCUUGUCUGAUGAGGAGCCACUUUUAAGAACGGUGAAGUUCCUCAGGCUUUGUUCUUGCCUGCAAACCCCUUUAUAAAUGCUCAUCAUUGGGAAAAUAUAUUUGUUUUUUCCUGUGCUGUAUAUUCAGUGAUUAAAUUUUUGUAUUGGUAUUCAGAGUAACACAAAUAAAUUGAUAUCCUGUUAUUUUAAGGAAAUAAAGAUUUAAAUGGUAAA